AUGGAUCCCGUCGUGCGCCGAGGCCUGAGGAGCAGCAAUAUCACUGGACAAGAUUGGAGGGGCGGCGGACGGCCCCGGAAAUCCCCGCUCAAACCUCUCUGCUGGUUCGCAUGCCGUAUCCGUAAUCACGCCCGAGCAUCUGCAAGCGUCAAAUCGACGAAAGACCAAUUCAGGAACCAGGCCGAAGAGGAGGAGAGGCGAACUGCAGCUGUCCACCUGAAUGUGAGGCGCGUACCGGCAGCCAGCUGCACGAACAAAGACGACGGAUUUUUUCGCAAGGGGAAAAAUACGCCUCGUUCCCUCGGACUUGUAGGAAUGCCGGCCAUCAACCAGGUAAUUACAUGUACGCACCAAGGAGAAGUCCCCGACGAUGAUGGACGCCGUUUUCCCUUCAACCCACGGACCUCAGCCCACCGCACCUCCUUAUUACGUGUGAAUGACCCCGCCGGCAUCCGCUCACCUCUAGGUGGUAUCACACCGGUGCUGCAACUGAUGCUCGUGCGACUGCUUGCAGAUGUCUACGGGGUACAGACACCGCUUCGGUCCUUUUGCCCCUGGACGGACUGGGACGGACUGUACCAUACAACCUUUCUCCCCAUGCCAUCGACACAUAAGGUUAGGGGCAUGCACCUCCAGCUGCAUCAGCAAUCCUUCACGAGCACGAGUCAUCACAGGGUCAAUGGUCAAGCCUUCAGAGAAUGUGUGCACAAGAUCAUGGGUAUCCCCAAGAGUCAAUGCGCCAAUGCCAACGAUACUUCCCUUUCCAUGUGGCAAAACGUCCCUGCCCUCAUCAAUCCAUCUCGGUACAUCGAAGCAUCCAAGUCGCCUACAACGUACAUGCCCCAAUAG